AUGAAACAACAAUCUUUGAACAGUUUUUUUAAACCAUCCUCGAUUAAUCCUCCUAAUCCUAUGACCAAACGAAAUUCCGAUGAUGUCGAUGAUGAUUCUAUUAUUUCUACAUCGCCUAAAAAAAAACAUUUGAAUGGUUCAGAAAUUGUUGAAGCUAAUAAUUCAAUACAGCGUAUAAAUGAUAUUGGGUUGUUUAUAAAUUGCGAUUUAAAAAAUGCUGAAAAAAAUCUUAUUUUAACUAAUUUAUGGGUUCCAACAGAAACAUAUAAAUUCCCAUUAGUUGAAAAAAAUAAAACUAGAAAUCUUAGAUUUCAACAUCGUUGGUUACAACUGUAUAAGUGGUUAUCCUAUUCAGAAAUUAAACAGGGAGGUUUUUGUAAAGUAUGUGUGGUUUUUUCAAAAACUGGUGGAAUUGGUGGUCAAAAGCUUUGUGUUCUUGUAGUGAAACCGAUGGACAGUUUUAAAAAAGCUUUAGAAACUUUAAACAAUCAUGCUAACCAUGAAUAUCACAAAUUAGCAUUGCUAAAAGCUGAUAGUUUUUUGAGCAUUUGUAUGCAAAAGGAACCGGAGAUAAUAAACAGCUUAAAUGAAGAAAGGAAUAAUCAAGUAAUUGAAAAUCGGAAACGUUUAACUUAUAUUAUAGAAUGUGUAAUGUUAUGUGGUCGCCAAGAACUUGCCUUAAGAGGCCAUAGAGAUUUUGGUUCAAUUUCAUUUGAUAAUCAAUCUAACGUAAACGAAGGAAACUUCCGUGAAAUAUUAAAGUAUAAAACUAAAGACAUUGAUCACAUGAAACAUUUUCUUUCAUCAGACUAUCGAAACAAAUAUAUUAGUCCUGUUAUUCAAAAUGAAAUUAUAAACAGUUGUGGAGAUAUAAUUUUAAAAAAAAUUGUGAGAGAAAUUAAUGACUCAGGCUAUUUUAGUGUAUUAGCUGAUGAAACUACCGAUGUAUCCGUAAAGGAGCAACUUACACUAUGUGUUAGAUAUUUAGUUGGUACUGGAAAAGAUAUAAAUAUUCAUGAAAGUUUUUUAAAAUUUACUGAAGUUGUUAGUUUAACAGGAGAAAAUUUAGCUUCAUCUAUAUUAAAUGGUCUCAACUCGUGUGGAAUCAAUUGUGAUAAUAUCUGUGGGCAGGGAUAUGACGGAGCAUCAAAUAUGUCAGGGCACAUUAAAGGAGUUCAAACCAUAAUAAAAGCCAAAUACCCUAAAGCCUUAUAUGUGCACUGUGUGGCACAUACCUUAAAUUUGGCUGUAUCAUCUGCUUCAAUUGAUGAAAGUGAUUUGGAACCAAAAGUCAAAACUUUAAAACGUUUAUGUGCAACACGAUGGGUCCAACGAUACGAUGCGAUAAAUGAUUUUGUAGAACUAUUUCCAUAUGUAGUCAUCUCAUUAGAAAAUAUAUCUGAGUGGACUGAUGCAUCUUCUGUUGAUGCUAACUUAUUGUUGAAAUCAAUGGAUUCCACAUUUUUAAUAUCGUUACAGGUCAUAAAAGUUUUAUUCUCAUAUGGACUACCUUUAUGUAAACAACUUCAACAAAUUGAAAUUGAUCUAAGAGAAGCUAUUGGAACUGCUGUUGAUAAUGUAAAUGCUCUUAAAAUUCUAAGACAUAACAUUGAUGUUGAAUUUCAUAAGAUGUUUGAAAAAGCAAAAAAAAUGGCUGAAUUUUUGGAUAUAACUAUUUCAAUUAAACGUUUAAAUAAGCGACAACAAAAUCGAGCUAAUCCAUUAUCAAAUGAUAAAAAUGAAGUUGAACCGGAAACCUAUUUUCGAAUAACUAUAUGUAUUCCUUUCAUUGAUGCUUUCAUACAGCAAUUGGAAGACAGGUUUUUAGAACAUAGAAAUGUUUUUAAUGGUUUUCAGUGUUUAUUUUCAUACGAUUCAGAUGAUACACUAGUUGAAUUUGAUGAACUAGUGAAAUUUUAUUUCCCUGAUAGUGAUAUUGAUACUGUCAGAGCUGAGUUACAAAUGUGGAAUGUUAAACUCAAAAGAUUGAAUAUACAACCUAAAACUGGAUUGGAUGCACUAAAAUACUGCAGUGAACUUAUUUAUCCUAAUUUAUCAAAAUUAUUUAGAAUAUUUUGUACAUUACCCGUGUCUACUGCUACACCUGAGAGAAUGUUUUCAUGUUUAAAAAGGUUAAAGACCUACUUAAGAAACACUAUGAAAGAAGAGCGAUUAAAUGGCCUCACUUUAAUGGCAGUUCAUAGGAACAUUCCUAUCAGUGCUGAAGAAGUAAUUGAUGAAUUGACUAAAAAAAAAAGAAAAUUAAAUUUUGUUCUAUAA